AUGAAAUCGAUCUAUCUUAUAAUAUUUAUACUUAUUGUAUUUACUAAUUUUGUUCAUUCACGUUGGAUUCCACGUAAAGAAAAUAUUAAUAUAUGUGAUAAGCUUGAUGAAUAUGUUAUUUCACUUUAUUCAGAAGAACAAUUUCUUAAUUAUUCUGAUGUAAAAGCUUGUUAUGAAUUAACACCAUACAAUAAAACAAAGGCAAUUCAGGUAAUAGAGGCAAUAAAAGAAAAUCUUAAAGGGUUCUAUGCGUUACUAGAUCAAGCAAAAGAAGAACAAAAUCCGGGAUUUGCUUUAAGACCUAUUGACCUAAUAUCUGAAUUAGAUUUAGUGUUAAAGAAUAAUUAUUCGUACGAAUUUCAAUUUAUUUACGAUGUUGCAGAUCUUAUUAACGAAUUGAGAGAUGGACAUACCUGGCUGAAUUCUGAUAAUUAUCACAAGUACAAUUUUCAGCAGGGACUUUCUAUGUAUUCCGUGAUUAGGAAAGAUGGCACACAGCAAAUUAAAGUUUUUAAUGACACAAAAGAACCUAACAACAUCGAUUGUCAAGUUAUAUAUAUAGAUGAUAAACCAGCGAUUGAUGUAAUUACUGAAUUUGCUAGAAAUCACACAUAUUGGUCGAGAGAUUUGAGUGCUCGAUUUAAUUCAGCCCUUGCAUCACUUGCAUUUGGAAAUGGUGAUUUUUUUAUUGCAGGACAAUUAUUCACAUCUAGAAAUCAAUUGCCAAAAAACCCAAGUAUUUCUUACACUCUUAAUUGUAAUGGUAAAAUUUCUAAAAUUACUCGAGAAUGGCAAGUUCCUAUUUAUGAUGUGCAAUAUAAAUCUCCAUACAUCAAUGGGGCUUCAGUCGGAAAAGCGACUUUAAUAUUUGAUGCGUUCAUUGCCAGAUUUUAUAUAUUACAAGAUUUUGGCGUUGUCUUGAUUUCAACUGAAGAUAUUUUAAAUGGUGACUCUGACCUUGAAUAUCAUUUUCUAUCAGAUAUAGCCAUUGGAUUUAAAUUGCUUGCAGACAGAGGUAUAGAAAAGAUCAUUUUAGAUUUAAGUAAUAAUGGUGGUGGCCAAAUCUUCGCUGCGGACUACAUAAAUAAACUAUUAUUUCCAAACAUACAAAAGUUUCCAGUGGACUAUAAGGUUAAUAAUAUUUCUAUUCCAUUUAUAAAAGAAACAGCUAAGACUAAAAGAGGAACUGGAAUAUUUCAUUAUAAGUCAUUUAUUUCUGCAAAGACAAAUUGUCCAUUUGAUAGCGUUAAUGACUUUGUUGGAAAUAAUAUAUAUACUCGUGGUGGUGUUCAAGUUAGAUAUACUUCAAAAGCAUUUCGUAAUGAUACAACACUUUAUAGUGGAAAUUUCAAAUUUCAAAUUCCUCCAAAACUCCCUUGGACUGAGAAAGAUAUUAUAAUUUUGACAAAUGGAAUAUGUCUAUCAUCAUGUGCAAUUAUAACUCAAAGAUUGGCAGAAAUUAAUGUUCCUACAAUAGCCGUUGGUGGAUUUCCGAAUACUCGGUUUUCUUUUGCUCAAUAUGCUGUUGGAGGUGCAUCAUCUACUGCUGAAAUUAAACCUAUAUUUAAUCAACUUAAAAAUCUUGAUAGUUCUUUAGUUUCUAAAUUAUCUCUUCCUGAAAAUUUAACGUUGUAUUUUACUCUAGCUGAAGCUUAUAGCAUUAAGAAUCCAAAUGAGGUUAUGGAUUAUGCUUUUAGACCUGCUGAUUAUCAAUUGUAUUAUGAUGAACGAAGUGCCAGAGAUCCUAGUCAAUUAUGGAUAAAGGCAGCAAAAUUUUUCAGAAAGUAA